ACUUUGAAAGAUGUAAACGGUCCGCGGAUCCUACGAUUUAUCGGUAGAGGAACAUUUCAAACAAGUGUACUUCUCUAACACGCGGUGAUCGAUCAUUGAGUUUGAUUAGUCCACGCUCGUUUAUUACGUUCGUCUAACAUGAGAUCGGCGGUUUUCUGGUCUUACAUUCUCGUAAUGAAUGGUGUGUUUGCGAUCGUCGCGUGCAGGCAUUCUUAACGACGUUCAAGACAAAUUUAAUUGUUACCCGCCUACUGCAUUCGCGUGAACAUCGAUCAAGUAUAAUCCCAUCCCGAUUGUAAUCGAUCAUUCCGCGAGCUAUCGGGCAAGUCCUUUAGCCGUUAGAAUCGAGCCAGGCCAAUCGAUAUAUCCAGUGCUCCUAUGUGACGCUCUUGCGAGAUAUGCUCUGCCGGAAAUCGUCGAGAUUUUUGAUUUCCAGUCUCGUACAUUUCCCACAUAACGUGUUUAUGGUGAAUGCACCACAUGUAUUCAUCGAAGAAAGGAGAUCCCCUCUGCCCUCUUGGUUUCCAUCCCCAAGUGCGGUGGCCGACCCGCUGCAAAAGAUGCUUUAGGGAUUACAAGGAACACGGAGGCAAGAAAGAUAGUCUGAGGGACAUUACAUCGUCGACACCUAGUCUUUCGUUCGAUCAGCCGAACCGAUCCGCUGAAAAUGGUAAACGCGUUUGGUCGUCAGCGACAAAUUUGGCAAAAGAUGAUUUCAAAGGAGGUACGGAAUCAUCGUAUGCGUCUGCCGGUUGGACCUCGCUCAUGGAUCUUUCGGCCAUCGAUAAAGAAGAAGAUAGACGAGAAGCCAGGAGGCCAACGAAGUUACAGAUCAAGGAAGUCAUAGACAAUAGCAAUGAAAGCGCCUCGGAAAAUGAUGUCGAGUUCAUAAUUCAGGUGAAGAAGUCGAAGACUGGUUCUUCGAAAAUCAUCGAAAAGAACGGGGAACAUCGAAUGGAAAAUGAAGAAAGGACGGAAAAAAGCGAAGUGGAUCAAUUAAAAGCACAAAUACACGAAUUGCAAGCACGAUGCCAGCGAGCAGAAAAAGAGAAGAGCGAGAUCUUAAUGAGGCGACUGGCCACUAUGGAAACUAUAUCGAGUAAAGCAGCGCCGAAUGAUCUACAGAAAUUACAGAAGAAGAAUGAAGCACUCAUGCAAGAGAAGACAAGUUUGAUGACCAAAGUAAGGGAACUCGAGAAGGAAGUGAAUUCGAAAUCCUUUAGAGGAGAACGAGAUAGAGAAAAGGAUGAAUUACGAUCGAAAUUAAAAGCGGCAGAGAAUUUAUGCGAAACCUUGAUGGACGAAAACGAGGAUAUGAAGAAAGAAAUUCGGCAACUGGAGGAGGAGAUAUAUGAAUUACAGGACACAUUCAGGGAUGAGCAAGCGGACGAGUAUGUUCGUCUGCGAAAAAGUUUGGAACAGUCGAAUAAGAACUGUAGAAUCUUGUCGUUCAAACUGAGAAAGGUCGAACGUAAGGCGGAGGAGCUGGAGACUGAAAAGAGCACUCUAGAGAAGAAAUAUGACGAGAUUAAAAAAGUCGAGGACACGUUGCAAAAGAUUAAAGCUGAAUUCCAGAGCAGGUCCCCGAAGAAGACAACCGAAUUUACAACCAAAGUACAACUGAAAAAAAUGGUAGAUGAAAUGGAGAAAGAAAUAGGUGAUAUGAUGACUGUUUUCACAAGUAUUUCGGACGGCAAUGCCGAGAAUGUUCAAGAUGUGAAAUCCAAAGACAAUAACGUGAAAUAUGAGAAACUUAUGAAGGAGUACGAAUUACUUAAAGAGAAACUCGACAAAAUUACGAAAGAAUUAUCAGAUGAGAAAGAGAAAAAGAAAGCACAACCGGGUACCAAAAUAGACAAUAAAAAUACAGAUUUGCAAAGCAUGAAGAAAAAAUUGGAGGAAGCCGUGAAUCUAAGAGAAAAUGAAAGAAAGGCAUGGGACCAAGAAAAAACGGCACUGUUCGAAGAAAAGGAGAAACUGAAGUCGAAACUUCUUUCUUUAUCCGCGGAAAAACUUAAAGUAUACAAUGAAGUAGUUCAAUUAAAGAAGGAUUUAGAAACCGCCAAGUCGUCAGAAAAGGAAGGUGCAAAGAUGGAGAAAACAAUAAAUGAACUAAAGAAAGAAUUAUCACAGGAAAAAGAAAAGAGCAAGAAGCUGCAAGAUGAUUUAUCAGCGUAUACCGAACGAGAAUCGAAAAUGACACAAUCAAUGACAUCAGUUGAGCAAAUGAAGACUCAAUUAGAUGCUGAAGUGAAACGAUUAAAGAAGGAACUAGAGGGCAUAAAAUCCUCCAACACGACAAAAAUAAAUGACCUGACUACGCAGAUUUCAGAAUUGAAAAAAGAAAAGGAAAAACUGCUGUCUCAAAUCGAUCAGGAGAAGCAAUCGAAAGAAACUGAGGUGUCUGGAUUGAAAAAGAAAAUCAAUUCGUUGGAGAAAGCAGGAGCGAAUACGAAAAGGAUGAAUGAGUUGAGACAGACGUAUAAUGAGAAGAUUUUGAUGUCUUAUGUUGCAGAUUUGGAGAACGAGUUGAAAAAGGGUCAUCAAGAGUUCGACAAUCUAAAUGAAAGGUACAACGAACUGGUGAAUUUGAAGAAAGAAUUCGAAUCGGAUAAGGACGAACUUAAUAGUAAAUUGCGAGAACAAAAUACUGAGUUAAUAGGUAUUCGUAAAGAGUUGGAGUCACUGAGACAGACCACGAAAUUGAAAGAGAGCGAAUGGCGGUCAGAGAAAGCAGCUCUGGAAAACCGAAUACGCGAAAGUGAGUUACCAAACAAAGCUUUAGUAUCAGAUUUGAAUAACGAUAUAAGCAAUUUGAAGAGAGAGAAAGAUACCUUGGUAUCACGAUUGGAAGACAUACGAAAAGCGAAUGACGAUCUCUCUGACAAGUUAAAAGAUUACGAAGCAGUAUCAAAGAUACAUCAAAGUUUAGCGCCUGACAUCACAGCUUAUGAAUCAGAAAUACGAAAGUUAAAGAAUGCCCUGGAGAAUAUGGAAAAGUCGAAGAAGGCAGAUUUGGCUCAGUGUAAAAUGCGUUAUGAGCAUAGGAUCAGUGCUAUUAAUGACGAGAUCCAAGCUAUUCAAAACCAACUGUCUAGAUACAAACGUGAGCGUGACACGUAUAAGCACAUGCUGGAAGGUGCUCAAAAAAAUAUUGCAGAAUUAAAGUCUGCUAGAGGAAAACAAUCAAACGCGCCUUCUGUAAAGUCUGACGAGGAUGAAGAGGUUUCUACUACGAGUGUAUUAGUUUUAGAAAGACAGAUUAAUAGCCUGGAGGAUGAACUUUCUGAAGUAAGAUUAGAGGCGUCUAGAUUGAAAGCCGAGUUGGUGUCUGAAAAAUCAGCAAGUCACGUGAAAGUAUCUGAAUUACAAUCGCGAAUUAAUGAGCUUGAAGAAGAGCGAGUGCUUACUAGUGGUAGAACAAAGAUUCCAGGCUUGAAAGUUCGUAUGGAAUUAGCAUGGCAAAAAGAAAGGGAGGAGCAUCAAAGGCUAUUGCAAGAAACAGCUACACUUGCGAGGGAUUUGCGACAAACCCUAUUCGAGAUUGAAAGGGAACGUUCUAAAGAACGUCUGGAAAAUAAGAGGCGGCAAGACCAGCUAAAGAAAGUGUACGAUGAAGAAAAAGAAGAAAGCAAAAAGAAAUUGCUGGAGCUGCAAUGUGAUUUGCUCGAACUGCGAGAUGCCCACGCAAAAUUGAGGACUAGCAAUGAAAAAAUGAGACGUGAGAAAGAACGACACGAGAAAGAGAGAGAAGAACUCAAGGAUGUAAUCUUGAAAAAAUGCAAACAAGAGCAAAUUGAAUUGCGAAAUAUUAAUGUUUUAAUGCAACAAGUUAAUGAUUUAACAAGACUUUUCCCCGAAUUAAACGGCAUCACGGAAAACGGAACAUCGAACACUUAUACACCGACUCCACCGAGGCGAUUAAAGGGACCAAAAUCAAGGGAAUCGUCACCAAUGUUGGAUGCAAAGGGUGAUAUAAGAGGUUCAAACACACAACUCGGUGAGAGAACAGAGAAGCUAGAAUAUACUGUUAAAAAAUUAAUGGACGUAGCGAGAGAGUUAAAAGACUCGAAGAAGGUAGCAGACGAAAUGAAUGCAACACGACUGAAGAAACUUGGCAAGAGAUCAACGUCUGUGGAGAGCGAUCCAGGAAAAGGUAUGACAGUAUCCCGCUCAAAACCACGUUUAAAAAGAAAGAGUCUGUCUUUGGAGCAGACAUCGGUACGAAACGAAGAAUCACGCAUUUGGGGCACCGACAGCAACAUGUCCAGUAUGCAGUCACUGGAAAGUUCGGAUGCUGAGGGACGAACGCUCAACUUGCAGAGAGAUUCCAGCAUGGAUAGUCGUCUCUCUACUGGUUCUACAAAAAGUGAGAUGUUGGACCGUGAAAAGAAACAUGGUAAAGGUAUAAUUAAGAAGCUCGCGACCAAAUUAACUAAAUCGGCUAGUGUAGAUGAUCCAAAUGUUUCCAUGGACCAUUCUUUUCAGACAUCAGGAUCCGAGACGAGCAUUAAUGAGAGGGUUGAAAAGAAAAAUUUGAAGAAAAAGUUAACAGAUAUGUUCAAGAGAAGUUCGAGAAGUAACAGCGUAGAGAAGAAUCAUAGUAGACCUGCAUCGAGAAAUUCCACAACAUCGGAAAAAUGAAUGAAUUACAAGUUCUAGAGUAGCAUUACCCAUGUUGCAGUAUCAUUUAAGUGUACUAUUACAACAAAGAAUGCUACAAUCGAAGAAAAGGGGAUUGCUCAAUUACGUGUAUUAGAGCAUAUACAAAAAGAUUCAUAUUCCUGUACAUAUCGGACGUCCCUUUACUGAUGUCUUAAUUACAAAUUCACACGAGCAUUUUCGAAAACUUCAUUAAAUGUAUACAACGCACCGUACUAGCAAAUAAAGAGGAACUUACAAUAAA